AUGGCUGCAGUACAGAGAAAUGCUGAACCGUGUAGUAACCAGAGAUGUUUCAGCAGUCAUCUGCUGCAUUGUCUCUUUUCUGUUAUCUUCUCCUCUCUGGUAAAGAACAGAUGCUGCAGGGAAUGGACUGACCACGCACCAGUCGAAUCUGUCCUAAGAGUUUUAACAUGUCUCCGGUUGCUGAUCAGAGAUCCGUCUUAUCGGAAACUUCUCCAUCGACUUCAAGGUGAUGAUUUACUUGCUGGAUGUAUGGAGUCUGUGACAGUCACACACUUAGAAUGUGGCAAACAGCCAUUUGCCAUCCAGACACUGGUUACAAUGGCUUACAUGUUUCAGAAGAUGUCAGCUGUGGAAGGUCAAAUCAUCGACAGUGGAGCUCAUACAACCUCGGUGAAGCUCCUGUCAACAGAAGACAGCAGUCUAUUGCUGGGAGCGCUACUGGUGCUCACCACAUUGGCUGAAAGUCAGGAAUGUAAGGAGACCAUUGGGAAGUUGCCAGUUAUGGACAGCCUGCUUAUUAUUCCACAGGACAAAUGCUAUGCAUUCCGGACCCUCCGAUUUCUCUUCAGUGUGGAAAGAAGCAGACAUCUGUUUAAGAGGCUCUUUCCCACGGAUCUGUUUGAGCUGUUUAUUGACGUUGGACAUUACGUGCGAGACCUCACAGCAUAUGAAGCACUGGGAGCCAAAGUCUGACUCUACACAGAAAAACAUGAUAACAGUGUUUACAAAAGGCCCCACCAUCAAAGUAAAGACAGAAACAGUUACACAGUCUGUAAACAGAGCAGCCAGAACCUCCUGGCUCUGAAGGAGGUGAACCUACACGACCCAGCAUUUGGUAAAGACAAGAGAUCCAGAGACAGCAAUGUGGAGAAGAUAAUCUCAGAAAUCACCAUCAUCAACGAACAGAUGACACAUCCAAAUAUUGUAAAAUAUUACAAGACAUUGAUAGAUGGGCUGUACAAUGUCAUGGAGCUGAUCGAGGGGCUGCCGCUGGCAGACCAUUUCAACUCUCUGGAAGGUAAACAGCGGCGGUUCACAGAAGAGCGAAUUCAGGGAAACAUAUUCAUACAGAUGAGUCUGGCGCUGAGGUACCUCCGCAAGGAGAGGAGACUUGUCCACCAGGACCUCAGCCCCAACAACGUCAUGCUGGGUGAGAAGGACAGAGUCACCAUCACUGACUUGGGGUUUGCAAAACAGGAACAGGAGAACAGCAAGCUAAUGUCUGUGGUUGGCAGCGUCCUUUACUGCUGCCCAGAGGUGCUGAAAAAUGAGCUGUGUGGUGAGAAAACUGACAUCUGGGCUAUCGGGUGUAUCCAGAUGGCCACUUUGCAUCCUCCAUUCUAUUGCAGCAACAUGCUGUCGCUGGCUACCAAAAUUGUGGAGGCCGUCGAUGAGCCGGUUGGAGAAGGAAUUUAUUCGGAGCGACUGACGGACAUGAUCAGAUGGUGCUUGAGUCCAAAUGCAGACCUGUCUGUGCCAGAUCUUGUAGUCGUCAGCUCCCGGAUCUCUGACAUCAUAAUGAGGCUGAUGGACGGCCUAACCUCCCACCAUGCCCUGGACAGAAGAGCAGAGAGAGACAGAAAACGAGCACAGAAGUAUUUUAUAGAGAGGCACACAUACAGGAUGAACAGCUGCCGCUCCAACAUGUUUCAGCUGCUCCAGGCGUCCCCUGAGCUAAUGGAUUUGGGCUCGCUGAGCUCAGACUGCUGGUCUCUGGUCCAUUAUUUAUCAGCAGAGCCCUGUUCAGCAGACAGCCCAGGUGCUGUCAAGCACCAGCAGACUUGA